ACACCACCUUAGUGCUUAGGAUUUUGACUCUUUUGCUUUUAGUUGCAUCUGCUGUGUUAAUGGUUUGCAACAAUUACAAGCUUGGAGGUGAUAAGACCACUUGGAAGGAUCUAAAGACUUACAGGUAUGUUUUCGCAACGGCUGUCAUUGGUGCUGUCUACGCGUUGAUUCAAAUUCCUUUCGCUUUUUACUACGCGUGCAAUGGAAAGAGACUGAUUCGCCAUUCGUGCCUCCCUGAAUUUGACUUCUAUGCUGAUAAGUUGAUCAGCUACAUAUUGGCAACCGGGGCGGGUGCAGGCUUUGCUGCAUCAAUGGAGUUGAAGGACGUUGUGGAUGGUUUGGUGGCUCUGCUAUCUUUUAUAUUAGCUGCAGCGAAAUCAGAUAUCGACCUGGGGUUUGAUAUUGAUCAAUUCAAGUCAAGAGUAGAUAAGUUUCUCGAUCACGGUAUCAUUGCUACGAUUCUCCUAACUCUUGGUUUUGUUUGCAUGGCGAUCAUCUCAAUUCUCUCAUCUCUCAAUCGAUCCCAUGGAAGGAACUACUUUGGCUAGAGUCAGUUAAUUUGAAAUAUCCUACGUAAACUAAAUCUAAUUCAUUGUUAAUAUGUAACAUCAUAUAUUUGUUACAUUUGUUAAACUUAUAUAAUAUUUUAAAUCGACAUUGUACUUUUUUAUCUUGAUAUGAUUAAUUCCGUCAAAAUGUUUCGUAUACAGGACUUAUGAUUUGU